GUUAACUUCAGAGAUCAGAAGAAGAAAGUUAAAAUGCAGGACUUUGAGCUUCUCAAAGUAUUAGGAACAGGUGCAUAUGGAAAGGUUUUUCUGGUGCGCAAGAUAUGUGGAAGUGACAGUGGUUGUCUCUAUGCAAUGAAGGUGCUAAAGAAGGCAUCUCUUGUUCAAAAAGUGAAGACGACUGAACACACGAUGACUGAACGUAGUGUCUUAGAAGCGGUGCGAGAGUCACCAUUCCUAGUCAAUCUUCACUAUGCAUUUCAGACGGACGCCAAGUUACAUCUGAUACUAGACUACGUGAAUGGUGGAGAACUCUUCACACACUUGUACCAUCGAGAACACUUUGAGGAGUCCGAGGUCAGACUGUAUGUAGCAGAGAUUGCUCUAGCCCUCAAUCACCUCCACAAGCUUGGGAUCAUCUACAGAGAUUUGAAGUUAGAAAAUAUCUUGCUUGAUACUGACGGGCACAUCGUCGUCACUGACUUUGGGCUCAGUAAAGAAUUGCUACCCGCAGAUAACAACAGAGCCUACUCCUUCUGUGGAACGAUUGAAUAUAUGGCGCCUGAACUCAUUAAGAGAGAGCACUCUGGAUAUGAUAAGGCCAUCGAUUGGUGGAGUCUAGGUGUUCUGUCAUACGAGCUGAUCACAGGAGCUUCACCGUUCACGGUUGAUGGGGAUUCCAAUGAACAGAUAGACGUUUCAAGGUGAGGCAUCUUGGUUUCACUUGGGUCGCUCCAUAUUUGAGUUUGUACGAACAUUCGUAUAGAACAUUAGAUUUAUAUUUCCAAGGUAUUCACUCAGUUUCACUGUGUUUAUUGAUAUGCCUACCAGAUUAUGUCAGAGUAUUUCAGUGUUAUGUAGAAUGAAGUCUUCUCCCUUACCUAUGGCUUUAAUGGCAUCAAGAAAGAGUUAUUAAUAAUUGUAUUACAAGGUGAUAUCAUAUUCGUAGACUGAAAAUCCUAGUGAUACAGCUUUUCCAGCAGUAAUCUAAUUUGUCUGACUAUUCACCAUUUUAAGGAGUGUUACAUAUAUUUUCUACUGAAAUGUAACAUGGUGAAAACAGUAUGGUACUCAGUUGAGCUAUCCUAUUGUCAAAAGUAAAUACAGCCUAGCACUUGGAGUAAAUAUAG